AUGAAGGCAGAGCCUAGCGAGUCUCAUCGUGACCCAAAUCACACACAAGCAUGGCUGAUUGGAGGUGGCAUUGCGUCUCUCUCCGCAGCAGUCUACCUUGUCAGCGAAGCUCAAGUUCCGGGACCGAACAUCCAUCUUCUAGACCUCCAUUCGGGUCCAGGCGGGGGAAUGACACCCCGUGAAGAUCCUCAGAGAGGCUCUAUGACAAAACUUCUUUCACUUGUUCCCAGCAAAACAAACUUAAAGGGAACCUUGCUGGACGACGUUCGGCGCUUCGAAACUAUCGAGCGGCCUCAGCCUCAAACAGCCGCUCUUAGUCGAGCGCUCAAGCUUGGGCCCUCUGGUCCAGAAAUAGUCGAAACCAAGAGUCUUUCGAUUGGGGCUAAGAACCGGAUGAAUCUGGUGAAAAUCAUGCUGGAGCGUGAAUCAACGCUGGGUUCAAAGUCUAUCGAGGAUAUAAUGGAUGAAGACUUCUUUGGAACCACAUUUUGGAUGUUAUGGACUACAGAAUUCGAAUUGCAGCCCUGGCAUAGUGCUGUCGAGUUUCGAAGGCAUCUUCGAAAAUAUUUAGAAAAUAUUCAGCAACUAAACAACGUUAUAAAGUCGAACCGCACCGAGUUUAAUCUUCACGAAUCUCUCAUUGAGCCUAUAAUGAUCUACUUACGGGAAGGGGGUGUAGACUUCAAUUUUAACACUGAAGUAACUAAUCUAACGGUCUAUCCAAAGGAAGACCCUGUCACGGUGACAUCUAUCGAGCUCCUUCGAGACGGAAUAGAGCACACGGUCGAUAUCAACGCAAUUGAUAUUGUUAUUGUCACAUUAGGAUCAACUAGUGCGGGGGCAUCGUUAGGCACGAACAGAAGCUCACCUCCAAACUUGUCCCUGACUUGGGAAACUGAGUUAACUCGCGAUUGGAGACUUUGGCAAAGGCUUUCACAGGAUUCCCCAAAAUUCGGACAGCCUAACAACUUUCUAUCGCAGUGCCUGAAAUCCACCUUGGAGACAUUUACGUCAACUUUUGAAGGCCCCGAAUUUAUGUUACUUUAUGAGAAAUUGACGCAUGACCGGCCCGGUACCGGCGCCCGAAUUUCCUUGACAGAGAGUAAUUGGGGAAUAUCACUUUCUAUUCCUCGUCAACCUCUCUUCUCAAGUCAGUCCAGAACGAUGAAUAUCAUAUGUGGCAUUGCCCUGAAUCCAACCAGAGAGGGAAAUUUCGUGAAGAAGGCCAUGUACAAAUGCAGUGGCGAAGAGAUUCUCAUCGAAAUUCUCUCUCAUCUACAAUUCCCCAUAGAGCCAAUUCUUUCAUCCUCAAAGACUGUUCCGUGCGGAAUGCCUUUAGGAACCGCGCCACUUUUGUCACGGCAUGAAAAGGAUCGACCGCUUGUAAUUCCGCAAAGCACAACAAACAUUGCGUGCGUUGGCCAGUUCGUGGAGAUACCUGGCGAAACUACUUUGUCAAUGGACUAUAGCGUACAUAGUGCCCAGAUUGCCGUGACUAGGUUGAUGGGCCUGCCCGGAGAACCCGAGGAGAUUAGGGAGAAUCGUUUGUUACAAGUUUUGCAUCUGAUGUUUUAA